AUGGCGUCCCGGGCCCGGGGCUGGCGGUCCCUGCCGCCGCCGCCGCUCCUGCUGCUCCUCUGGGUGACCGGACAGGCGGCGCCCGUGGCGGGCCUUGGCGUCGACCCGGAGCUGCAGAUCGAGCGGCGCUUCGUGCCCGCCGACUGCCCGCGCGCCGUGCGCAGCGGCGACUUCGUGCGCUACCACUACGUGGGCACAUUCCCCGACGACCGCAAGUUCGACUCCAGCUAUGACAGAGACUCUACAUUCAACGUGUUUGUGGGGAAAGGACAGCUGAUUGCAGGGAUGGACCAGGCUCUGGUUGGGAUGUGUGUAAAUGAGAGGCGCUUCGUGAAGAUCCCCCCAAAGCUUGCCUACGGAAGCGAGGGCGUUUCUGGUGUGAUUCCCCCAAACUCUGUGCUUCAUUUCGAUGUACUUCUGAUAGACAUUUGGAAUUCUGAAGACCAGGUGCAGAUUCACACUUAUUUCAAGCCCCCCACGUGCUCUCGGACUAUCCAGGUGUCAGAUUUUGUUAGGUACCACUAUAAUGGGACGUUCUUGGAUGGGACACUGUUUGACUCCAGUCACAAUCGCAUGAGAACCUACGACACAUAUGUGGGCAUUGGCUGGCUGAUUCCUGGCAUGGAUACAGGGCUGCUGGGGAUGUGUGUGGGGGAAAAGCGAAUCAUCACCAUUCCUCCUUUCCUGGCCUAUGGAGAACACGGGGAUGGGAAGGACGUCCCUGGACAGGCGUCCCUGGUGUUCGACGUGGUCCUGCUGGACCUCCACAACCCUAAGGAUGGCAUCACAGUGGAGAACACAGAGGUGCCCGCGGACUGUGCGCGGCGCAGCCAGAGUGGAGACUUCCUCAGGUACCACUACAACGGCUCCCUGCUUGAUGGCACCGUCUUUGACUCCAGCUACUCGAGGAACCGCACCUUCGACACGUACAUCGGGCAGGGCUAUGUGAUUCCUGGGAUGGAUGAAGGCUUGCUGGGCGUCUGCAUUGGGGAGAGGAGAAGGAUCGUGGUCCCCCCUCACCUGGCCUAUGGAGAGGAGGGCAGAGGGAACAUUCCAGGCUCGGCUGUGCUGGUGUUCGACAUUCAUGUGAUCGAUUUCCACAACCCCUCGGACUCCAUCAACAUCACCUCCCACUACAAGCCCCCUGACUGCUCAGUGCGGAGCAAGAAGGGUGACUACCUCAAGUACCACUACAAUGCCUCCCUUCUGGAUGGGACUCUGCUGGACUCCACGUGGAGUUUAGGCAGGACUUACAACAUUGUGCUGGGGUCCGGUCAGGUGGUCCUGGGGAUGGACAUGGGCCUCCGGGAAAUGUGUGUGGGUGAGAAGCGGACUGUGAUCAUCCCGCCACACCUGGGCUAUGGGGAGGCUGGCGUGGAUGGAGAGGUGCCAGGCAGUGCUGUCUUGGUGUUUGACAUUGAGCUGCUGGAGUUGGUGGCUGGCCUGCCUGAGGGGUACAUGUUCGUGUGGAAUGGGGAGGUGUCUCCCAACCUCUUUGAGGAGAUUGACAAGGAUGGAGAUGGAGAAGUCCUCCUGGAAGAGUUUUCACAGUAUAUCCACGCUCAGGUAGCCACUGGCAAAGGGAAACUUGCUCCUGGCUUUGAGGCUGAGAUGAUCGUGAAGAAUAUGUUCACCAACCAGGACCGGAAUGGCGAUGGAAAGGUCACGGCUGAGGAAUUCAAACUCAAAGACCAGGAGGCCAAACAUGAUGAACUCUAAAGCUGACAUGAGCCAGGUGGAUCCAGGGAGUGUAUGACCCAGCCACCACUGUGGCAGAAUGUAGGGAGGGUGAGGGCCAUGGCAGUUUGUGGGCCACACGGACCUGGUGCAAACUUCAGACUGGGGGAUAUCCAUGAGAGCCUUAGCUAGUGGACAGAUUCUGCAGAGGCCUUAGGCAGGCUGUGAAAAGUGCUAGAAAGGCUAUUCUGCCAGUCUGAGUCUUCCGGGCAAUUUUGUCAUUAAAGGAAAAUAGGAUCAGGUAGAAGUUUCCAUUUCUUGGAGGAAACAGAAUACCUUGUCCAACUCUAUGUAAAGUGAUUAAGUUUUUUAUUUUUAACUUCCCAGUGUCUUAAAAUGUUCUCCCCAUGGGCAGGAGAAAGAGGCUUGCGUGCCUGGGAGAGUCCUGCUCUGCCUCUGGCUUUUCUCAGUGUUCUGUACAAACCCUGCCCUCCCCACCAGCCCCAGUUCCCCACUUAUUAGAAUAUCCCAUCCCACCGGAGCCAUCCCUCACUGGCACAUUAACGGGGCUUCCAGCAGACAACUCCACGGACCAAUGAGUAGCUGUGAACCCUGCUGUGUGGAGCAUCUACCUGGCUCUUUCCUCCCAGAGCCCAUUCCCACCCCAGCCAUGGCUGGUCCUCAUGGCCAGGCCUUGUGGCCACUCAGCAGCCAAAAUGACUUUUUCCUGCUGCUCCUUCCUGUAUCCUAGAGGAUGGGGCUCUGCAGGUCACCCCUCUGCCACAGGAAGGCAAAGAUACUGCUUGCUGGUUGCUUUUCCCAUCAUGCAGUGGUCACACUGUGCCUUUCUUCUGCCCUUAUUUGGUGUGGGCACUGCCCCCAGGCGAUCAGUCAACCAUUUCCUUUGGAAACUGCCUUUGUUCUAAGGCUGUUGUUGCAUGGAUGUAGCCUUGAGAUGGUUCACGGAAAUGCUGUACUUUCCUCUAGUGGAAUAAAUGUUGGAAACUCAACCUCACUGAUGUAAAA